CACAUAGUUACGAUUCACGUUGUACAGAGGGGAAAACAUCCCAUGCAACGAGGAUUAAGGUCAUAGCAAAGCGCGUCGGACAUUACACUUAAACGUUCAGUUUAUUUACAUCGUAGGUCGCAUAAUGGUAUUUUUGACCUUUCCUUGUUUAAUUAGGAACCGUGGUCCUGACAGAUAUUGGAAAGUACAAGAGCUUUUGAAGAAUGCACGGCAUUUUAGAGGCAGAAAGAAUAGAUGUUACAGCUUGGCAGUACGCGCUGUAAGAAGGGCCUUUGUUUAUGCCACUAAAGGCCGACAGCUGAAGAGGCGCACCAUGCGGACGCUGUGGAUCUCGCGAAUUGCAGCAGCUACACGUGAACUUGGCUUGAAGUAUCCAGUCCUUGUAGACAACCUGGUGAAGAGUAGUGUUCAGUUGAACAGGAAGGUUCUGAGCGACUUAGCGAUCAACGAGCCCCGGACAUUCCAGUCACUUGCCAAGCUGGCACAGGCCCGGCAGCAGGAGGGUUUCCGUGCAGCCCUGGGGAGUGGCUCAGAACCUCCUGGCGUCCUGUCCCGCGUCGUCCUCCUCCAGUGAUGCCCCCCUUCACCUUAUGCAGCAUCUCCAGCACACCGAUGCAACACAUCGCUGAUCCUGAAGCUAGGUGUCACCUAGUCACACACACACACAGAUUCCUACUCACAGGUUCAGGUGAGCCUCUGCCUCCAAGUAGAACUGUCUCUCUCUCCUAGACCUUACAGAGGAGCUGAUGAGAUUGACCUUCUGUGAAGUCUUUCUUCUGGAAAGAAAAUAUUUAUGGAAUUUGUUUUUGAAUGAGACAGGAGUUUUUAUAAAAGAGAAUGUUUACCUCUUGACUCCUUUGUGUAAUGCCUUGUUUUGUGUAUAUAUGUGCAAUUGCUGUAUUGUAUCCUGUUCAUAAAAGUGAAUAAAACCUUUGUUAUCCUUA